ACCGUUGCUUAUCUGGCUGCCCACAAACGGACGGAGACGGACAGAGAGACAGACAUCCUCCAAAUUCCAAAGUCCAGUCCACCAGAUUGCAUGCACUUGAAUAUUCUGCUCCUGAGAAGCUUCAAGCUUUACAGUAGCUGCUUCCUCUGUCCUGAUUGGUGCUCCUUUGCUGCUUGCUCCUGAAGAGUCUACAGGAAUGACCCAGCCUGUAGAUUGGGGCAUCCUACUAGAGUGAAGGGAAGCUGCUUCUCUUUGCUGCAGGGGAGGGGGUCAAACAAAUGGAGAUUAUUCGAUUAUGGCAUCUCGAUUCGUUUCUUGGUGUGGUAUGCAAUCCAAUCCAAUCCAACCCAAUCCAAUCCAAUCCCAUAGUGUGAGCUUUCCGACAUCUAGCUACUAGCUAGCUAGCUAAGCUUGCUUGCUUGCUUGUACAGUCAGUCAAUCACCACGCGUCACAGGAAGAAGAGAAGAGGUUUGGGGCUCUUUGCCUGGGCUUGGGGGGCACACAGAAAUGGUGGAGAUGCGCAGCAUCAGAGCUACCGCCUGCUUCUUGCUCUUUUCCUUGCUUGUGUCUCAGAGGCUUGGGUCUUGUGCUUCCAUCAAUGAACAAGGGAGACCUUUCUUGAGAUUUGGUGAGAACCUAGCAGAUGAACCUACUGGAUCUUUGUCGAAUCAAGGAGUGAAUUGCUCAGAUGAUGGUAAAGCGGUGGCGCUGUUACCCAAGGGUUACAAGUUAUCUGGUGAAUUGCCAUCUGACUUGCACAAACAUACAGAGAUGAUUUCAGAGGGUCUAUCUGAUGAAGCGCUGCAAUCAUGCAGGAAAACCUUAACAAAGGGCGUUAUCCAGAGACGACUCCAAAGCCCAAACGUCAAGACAGAUCAUGUUGACCCUUCAUCUUCAUCCAAGUCUUUACCUCGCUGGGCAAUCUACAUAAUAGCCAUCGGUGGAUCGCUUGUAUUUGUGGCUGUAGCUGCUGCCACUGUGUAUAUACUCUUCUCUCGUCGAAAGAAGGAUACCACUAUCAUGCCAUGGUCUACUGGACUCAGUGGACCACUCAGUAAAGCCUUCGUGGCAGGUGUUCCUUCUCUAGGAAGGGCAGAGCUACAGGCAGCCUGUGAGGACUUCAUCAACGUAAUCGGCUCCUCGUCUGACUGCACGCUGUACAAGGGAACUCUAUCAAGCGGAGUCGAAAUCGCAGUAGUCUCCACUUCAGUUAACUCUGCCAAAGAUUGGACCGACAGGUCUGAGGAGCAAUUCAAGAACAAGAUAUCUGUUCUGUCAAGAGUGAACCAUAAGAACCUGCUGAACUUGCUUGGUUACUGCACAUGCGACGAGCCAUUCACAAGAAUGAUGGUUUUCGAGUACGCUCCGUGCGGUUCCCUCUUCGAGCAUCUGCAUAUUAGAGAAGCUGAAGAUCUGGACUGGCCUGCACGGCUGCGCAUCAUCAUGGGAGUAGCAUACUGCCUGGAGCACAUGAUCCAGCUAGACCCACCAGUGACGCCACCAACCCUGAGCUCCUCAUCCAUCUACCUCACCGAGGACUACGCAGCCAAAAUCUCCGACCCCGAGCUCUGGAAGAAGGUCGACGACAAGCAGGACGCACAGACCGAUGACGACGUCGUGUACAGGUUCGGCAUCCUGCUGCUGGAGGUGAUCUCCGGGCGGCUGCCCUUCUCCGAGGACCACGGCCUGCUGGUCCUCUGGGCGUCCAGCUACCUGGACGGCAAGAGGCCGCUGCGUGGGAUGGUUGAUCCGACGGUGAGGUCGGCCGUGCCUGAGGAAGAUUUAGAGGCGCUGCGCGACGUCGUGAGGCUGUGCCUGUGCGUGCGCUCGGACGACGGGGACGAGCAGAGGCCGGACAUGGGCGAGGUUGUGAGAGCGUUGAGAGGCGUCACCGGGUUGUCGCCGGAGCAGGUGACGCCGAGGGAUAACCCGCUGUGGUGGGCCGAGCUUGAGAUUGCCUCGGCGGUGGAGUCGGACUGAAGUUCAAAACAAAUCGUCAAUUGAAUUUCCUCUUUCUUUGGUCCUCAUUUUCUUUUUGUAUAUUGUAAUUUCUUUUCUUUUUUUUUGUUUUGCUGCUGAUCACUGCCAAGAACCUACAAAUUUGUAAGAAGUACGAGUUUAGAGCAUCUUCAAUAGUUUGGUAAAAAUUAUUUGCCAAAUCUUGUGAUUUGGCAAGUUACUAAAUGAUAUGAUAAGUGAAAAAAGAUGUUUCUCCAA